GAAGUGGGGGCGCAUCACUUUAGCAUCAAUCAGGAUUUGUUAUUCUUAGGCAAUCAUUUUAAUUUUUAUCUUAUCUUAUUAAUGAUAAGAUAUAUCACAACCAAUUUAUCAUGCUGAGGUGUUUUAGUUUAUGUUUAUUGCUUAAUGUUGUUGGUUUCGUCUUAGCGCAACAUGCGUUUGAUGAACAUGGAUCAAAAGAGUUGAAAUGGUGUACGAUAAGUGAAGAAGAGCAAUGGAAAUGCCUUAAUUUCACAAAUGCCUUAAUUCGUGAUCGAGCUUUGUUUGACGACAACUUUUUGGACUUAAAAUGUAUAAAAGGCUACGAUACAGAACAAUGUAUCAAAAUGAUUGAUGGCGAUAAAGCUCACAUAAUGUCACUUGAUGCUGGAGAAGUUUUUAUUGCUGGUCGUUAUUUCUCUUUAAUUCCAAUCAUGCAAGAAACAUUAGACGGCGGUUUAAGCAAUUACUACGCUGUUGCUGUCAUCAAAACUAAUACUCUGCCUGAUGUUCAUCAUAUCCGUGACUUAAGAAACAAGAAAGCUUGCUUCCCUUAUGUUGGAUCUCAAGCUGGAUGGAACAUUCCAAUUUAUACUCUCAUGAAAGAAGGAAAUAUGCCGAUUGUUGAUUGUAAUAAUCAUGUUAAGAAUGCAAUAGCAUUUUUCGGAGACUCUUGUGCUGUUAAUUCUCUUAUUAACAAAUAUAAUCCAAUCGGCGACAAUUCUGACAGAUUGUGUCGUAUAUGUAUUGGAAAAGUGCCUGGUGGUUGGUGUACGUCUACCGAUCCUUAUGUCGGCUUUGAAGGAGCUUUCAAAUGUUUGAAAGAAGCUGGCGAAGUUGCAUUUUUAAAACACACAACUGUGAAAGAAAUGGUUGACAGCAAAGAAUUCAAAGGCAUUCCAACUGAUGAAUUCCAAUUGUUGUGUAAAAAUGGACAGCGGAUGCCGAUAUCAGAACACUUGCAAUGUAACUGGGGAAUGGUACCAUCAAAUGCAAUCGUGACAUCUUCAGCAAGAACAAUUGAAGAAAGAAAGAAAUAUCAAAAGUUUUUGGAAGCUGCUAUGAAGUUUUACUCACAUAAAAAGUCAACAAACUCAACAAGCUUCACUAACAAUGACAAUGCCAACAAUCGUUUUGAUCGUUUUGGGAAUCCAAUUGAUCGCUUCAACAAUCAAAAUCAACAAACAGAUCGAUUUGGCAACAGAAACUCAAAUCGAAAUCCUUUCAGUGUUUCAACAACAACUGAGGCGACUUUCAACGACUCACAACCAUUCGAAAGUUUUGAGAUUUUUGAGUCAAAACGGUAUGGAUCUCGAUUAAAUUUACUGUUCCAGGAUUCAACUUAUGGUUUAAGAGCGAUUGAAGAGAGUGAACAAACAUUCAAAUCAUUCCUUGGAGAACAUGAAAAGAUUAUUUACGAUAUUCGUCAAUGUCCAGUUAAUCGCAUGACACUUUGUAUAACAUCCGAUGCUGAGUACGAGAAAUGUGUGAAGAUGAGAACUGCUUUGAAAGCUCAAUUGGUGAAACCUGAAAUGCUUUGUCACAAAGCGCAUUCACACAUCAAUUGCAUGCAAGCAAUUCAAAAUGGAAUCGCUGAUGUGACAGUUCUUGAUGCAGCUGACGUUUAUACAGCUGGGUUGAAAUAUGAUCUGAUCCCAUUCAUUUCCGAAGUUUACAAUUUAGGUGAACCUGAGUAUUAUGUUGUGGCUGUUGCUAAAGUCGAAGAUCCAAGCACAGAAUUGACAUAUUUGAAAAAUAAAUACACUUGUCAUUCGGGAAUUAAUACAGCAGCUGGAUGGAUCUAUCCAAUGGCAUAUCUAAUUUCUAAUGGAUGGAUUCGUCCUUAUGGAUGUGACAGCAUGCGCGCUGCUUCGGAAUAUUUCACAAAAUCUUGUAUUCCUGGAGCUAUAAGUAAUGAAUACAACAUUGGUGUGCCUUAUGAUAAUCUCUGUGACUUAUGUCAUGGAGCAAGUUACAGAUAUUGUCGUCGUGAUGCAUCAGAAGAUUAUUACGGUCACACAGGAGCUUUCCGCUGUUUAAUUGAAGGCGGUGGUCAUGUUGCAUUUGUAAAGCAUACGACAGUUUAUGAAAAUACUGGUGGAAAGCGAAAAGAAUGGUGGGCAAGAGAUGCCUUAGAUGAUGAUUUUGAAUUACUUUGUGCUGAUGGUACGAGAGCAAAAACGAAAGAUUAUGCUCACUGUAAUUUGGGACGAGUCAAAUCGAAUGCAAUUGUGACAAGGGGAGGUGAUGGAUAUAAUCAACAGCAAAUCGACGCAUUCAUCAAUCUUUUCAUUUAUGCUCAGCAAUAUUAUGGUCGGAAAACUAAAGAUGAUUUUAGUUUCAGUAUGUUCUAUUCACCGCAACCUUAUCAUGAUUUGAUUUUUCAAGAUUCAACUCGUCAGCUCCAAGUGAUUCCAACGAAUAAACGACGAUGGGAUUUGUAUUUAGGCACAGAUUUUCUUAGAGCUCGAAGAAUCACAGAUUGUGAUUCAUCUGCAGCUACAAUGAAUCUCAACAGCAUCUUGAUAGGCUCUCUCAUAUUUACACUUUAUUUUAUUUAUAGAUUUUAAUGAAAUUUUAAACAUUCUACCAAACCGUCCAUAUUUUUAAGAAAGAAAAAAAGUUAAAAUGAACUCCCAAAUUUAUAUGAACAUUAAGUGAAAUACAUUCCGUCCAUUUUUUUAAUAACAUUUUUAUAGAUUUCUAGACAAAAGACAAAACAAAUCUAUAAAAUUUAAUGAAAGACUUUAUAAUAAAAAAUAAAAGAAAGUAAAGA